CGAGCGGCGCUUUCCUCUUCCCAGUGAGUGAGGAGAGAAGUCGACGGCUCUCGUGCGCGGCCGCUUUCCCGGCGCGGGUCCCGGAGCGCCCUGCAGGAGGUGAAAGUCCCCGGCGGGUCCGGAUGGCGUAGUUGCGCCGCGGCGCAGCAGCUGCCGGAGCGCUGGGCGGGGAAAGUUUCCUCUGCUUUCCUCCGACUUGCGGCGGCGGAUCUCCGCCUGACACACCGCCUCCGAGUUUUCCAGGCCAGACAUCAAGACUUAAUAGGCUGACAACUACUGGUAUUCUUACAAGUGAUGGAGACCAUAUUUAAAAUCAAGAUUAUUCCUGAAGGCUGUUUGCAAUUUGGAAAGAAGGAUUUUAAGGCCACUUCUGAUUUGUGAAGAUUGUCUAUGAUUCGAAGACCUACCGGCUGAGGUGACUGAACGGGACACACUUUGGAGAAAUAAAAAUGACUUCUCAUUAUGUGAUUGCCGUGUUUGCCCUGAUGAGUUCCUGUUUAGCCACUGCAGGUCCAGAGCCCAGCGCCCAGUGUGAGCUGUCGCCUGUCAAUGCCUCCCAUCCGGUGCAGGCCUUGAUGGAGAGCUUCACCGUGUUGUCUGGCUGUGCCAGCAGAGGCACGAUGGGGCUGCCGCAGGAGGUGCAUGUCCUGAACCUCCGCGCGGCCGACCAGCAGCCCGGCCAGCCAGAGAGAGAGGUCACCCUGCAUCUUAAUCCCAUCUCUUCAGUACACAUUCACCACAAGCCUGUCGUGUUCCUGCUCAACUCCCCACAGCCCCUGGUCUGGCUUCUGAAGACAGAGAGGCUUGCUACUGGGGUCUCCAGACUUUUCCUGGUGUCUGAGGGCUCUGUGGUCCAGUUUUCAUCAGGCAACUUCUCCUUGUCAGCAGAAACAGAAGAAAGGAGCUUCCCUCAUGGAAAUGAACGUUUAUUAAAUUGGGCUCGAAAGGAAUAUGGAGCAGUCACUUCAUUCACCGAACUCAAGAUAGCAAGAAACAUUUAUAUUAAAGUGGGGGAAGAUCAGGUGUUCCCUCCCAUGUGCAACAUAGGGAAGAAUUUUCUGUCACUCAAUUACCUUGCUGAGUACCUUCAGCCCAAAGCUGCAGAAGGCUGUGUGCUGUCCAGCCAACCCCAGGAUAAAGAAAUACACAUCAUUGAGCUAAUCACCCCCAACUCUAACCCCUACAGUGCUUUCCAGGUGGAUGUAAUAAUUGACAUAAGGCCUUCUCGAAAAGAUCCUGAGGUGGUCAAAAAUCUCAUCCUGAUCUUGAAGUGCAAAAAGUCUAUCAACUGGGUAAUCAAAUCUUUCGAUGUGAAGGGAAGCCUGAAAGUUAUCGCUCCGAAUAGUGUUGGCUUUGGGAAAGAGAGUGAAAGAUCCAUGGUAAUGACCAAAUCAAAAAGAGAUGACAUUCCUUCAACCCAAGAGAGUCUGGUCCAGUGGGCUUUGGACAAUGGCUAUAGUCCAGUAACAUCAUACACAGUGGCUGCUGUGGCUAACAGAUUUCAUCUUCGGCUUGGAAACAAUGAGGAGAUGAGAGAUGAAGAAGUCCAUACUAUCCCUCCUGAGCUACAGAUCCUUCUGGACCUGGACCACCCACCCAUCCGGGGAGGGGCAGGCCGGAAUGGAGGUUUCCCCUUUCCUUUCCCCGGUAUCUCCAGGAGAGUCCAGAAAGAAGGGGGAGCAGAUGGGAUCCCCCAGCCAAAGGACCCUACCAUCCCCAGCAUACAGCUGUUUCCUGGUCUAAGGGAGCCUGAGGAGGCGCAAGGGAACAGGGAGGUCACCCUCUCAGUCAAAUGCGACAGUGAAAAGAUGAUGGUGGCUGUAGAGAAAGGUUCCGUGCAGGCUGACAGCUACUCGGGGAUAGAGCUCACCUUGCUGGAUCCUACCUGCAAAGCCAAGAUGAAUGGCACCCACUUCAUUCUGGAGUCUCCCCUGCACGGCUGUGGUACGCGGCACCGGUGGUCAGCCCCUGUUGGUGUGGUUUACUAUAACUCCAUUGUGAUACAAGUUCCAUCCCCUGGGGAUAGUAGUGGUUGGCCAGAUGGUUAUGAAGACUUGGAGUCAGGUGAUAAUGGAUUUCCAGGAGAUGCAGAUGAAGGAGAUACUUCCAUCCUCAGCCGACCUGAAAUUGUGGUGUUUAACUGCAGCCUGAGGCAGAUGAGGAAUCCCAGUAGCUUCCCGGACCCUUCCAAUAGAAACAUCACUUUCAACAUGGAGCUGUACAACACUGACCUCUUUCUGGUGCCGUCGCAGGGCGUCUUCUCUGUGGCAGAGAAUGGACACAUUUAUGUUGAGGUGUCUGUGACUAAGGCUGACCAAGAAUUGGGAUUUGCCAUCCAAACGUGUUUUAUCUCUCCAUAUUCAAACCCUGAUAGGAUGUCUGAUUACACCAUCAUUGAGAACAUUUGUCCUAAAGAUGAUUCAGUGAAGUUCUACAACCCCAGGAGAGUGCACUUUCCUGUCCCGCAAGCUGAGGUGGAUAAGAAGAGAUUCAGCUUUGUUUUUAAGCCUGUUUUCAACACCUCCCUGCUCUUUCUGCAGUGUGAACUCACACUGUGUACCAAGAAGGGAAAGGACCCCCAGAAGUUACCUAAGUGUGUGCCUCCUGAUGAAGCCUGCACCUCGCUAGAUGCCUCGAUGAUUUGGGCCAUGAUGCAGAAUAAGAAGACGUUCACCAAGCCUCUUGCUGUGAUCCAUCAAGAAGUAGCAUCUAAAGAAACAAGUACAAGCGUUAAGGAACCAAAUCCAAUUUCCCCACCAGUUUUCCAUGGUCUGGACACCCUCACUGUGAUGGGCAUUGCGUUUGCAGCAUUUGUGAUUGGAGCACUGUUGACAGGGGCCUUGUGGUACAUCUAUUCGCACACAGGGGAGACGGCCGGGAGGCAGCCGGUGCCCACGUCGCCGCCGGCCUCGGAGAACAGCAGUGCGGCGCACAGCAUCGGGAGCACACAGAGCACGCCCUGCUCCAGCAGCAGCGCCCCCUAGCUGAGACCCGGGCGCAGCUGGGGCUCACCGGGUUCCCUGCACAGGAGAUCCCCGGUGUAUUCAUCCCUGCCCCCGGGGCUACGAUAAAUGUGACCCCUGGACUUCUGUAACACACUAGAAUUCAUGUGAGAAAGCUAAGGUGGUGGCCUUCUCCACCAGCCCCUCGCAGGUUUGGGGGUUUUCAAUGUGAAACACAUGCCAGUUUUUAAAAUGCUGCUUUGUCCAGGUAAGAAUAUCCAUAAUUUUGGGCCCCGAGUUUUACCCAGACUCAAGGAGUUGUUAAAGGAUAAUAGCCAGAUAGUAUGACCAGUAAGGAGAUGUGGCCAAAGAUUCCCUUAGAACUAAACCAGGAUGUAAAGCUAAAGAAAUGCUUCAAGCUUUUCUAGGUGCAUUCCUCCACAUCCAGUCAGCACCUACUGGGGGCAUGCUUCCCACCUUGCUUCUACAACCUGUAGGGCUGAUGUGGGGGCUGGACGGCUGCUGCCCUCUGCCACCACAUCCUGACUCACAACGAGGCAACAUCCUGUCCUGUACCCUGGGCCAAACCAGUGCUGAAUACCUUCUCAGCUUCCUCCUGCCCACACCGCACACUGGCUGCAAAAAUGUCUUCGUGCAAAUUUCUUUAUAGGCAUAGAGACAUUGAAAAUGGCCAAAAUCGGGGACAGUAGAUUUAAUGCCCACUGAUGAUAUUUUGUUCUGAAAAAAAAUUGCAUAAAUUGGGGCAAAUUCAGUUGUAAAGUUGAAGAGGAUUUUGCACAGUAAUAAAAAUGCAAGUGCAAGUAUAGACCAUGUCAUGUGGCACAUUUGUUUUCUCAUUUGAAAAAGACAAAAUUCGUUCCCCCCUUAAAAAUGCCCUGUGCCUUCUGAGUUGGAACAUAUUCUUAAAUAUAUUUGGGAGAAUUCAUGUUUCUGCUCAAAACACGUCAACCUUUUGAACAGACCAAGUUCUUGUAAGAUGCAAAUGCGUGGCAGGUCCUGUUGGAUUCCAGUUGGUUAUCUGAGCACUGUCUCCAGUUCUGCCAGCUAAGUGCUGAGAUAGGAGAAAGGGCCCUCCUUUGGAUUCGUGUAGAACUGUUGCCUGUAACACAUCCCAAAUGGAGGUGAGUUUCAUUAAGAUGGAAUAAUAUGAUGCCACUUUGCAGCUAAAAUAAGCUCAACUGAUACCUCUAUGUUAGAAAAGAAUGCCAGAGGAAGAAUUCCAUGCCAAACAAUUUACUACUGAGGAUAGCUUCAUUGCAAAUAUAUGUGAUUCUUUUUCCAGAAUUCCCCCCAAAUGACUCAGAAUUCUACAAGUAGAACAGGUUAUGUUCUACCCCCAAAAUAUACAUAAGCAAAUCUCAUUGCCCUUAAAAUAAGGAAGUUUUGCCUGGUUCUCUGUGAAGGGAGCCCUGAGUGGAAAUGCUGAUGACACCCAAGACCUGAGGGCAUUGUCUACAAGGCAAACAGCAAGUGGGUGGAGAUAUUGGUGAUUGUCACUCACUCAGAGAGUAAUACUCUGAUUUGAUAGGUGUAGAUUGUUCAGUCAUGAGAAUUUUAACCAAAGCAAACUACUUGAGGGCUAAGAUUGCCAGGCUACAUUGACUUACUGAAAAUUUUGCAGAUUCCUACAAACAAAUGAAGAUAGAAGAUUAAGAAUUUUUUUCCUUCAGUUAGCUUUUUUUUUAACAUAGGGGUAUCAGAGUGGAGGACCUAGAUUAUGCUACCUGUGUUUGAAAAUAAUGCGCUUUGCCUAACCUUCAGCCGAAUGUAUUGUUUUAGCAUAUUCUAUGUAUAAAAAAAUUUAAGGAUGUCUUCAAAGAAGACUAGAGUCUUUAAAUCACUUAUAGCUAUAUUUUACUACAAAAAUUUGUGUAUAAGGUAUAUUUAAGUGUUUUAGAUAAAUUUAAAUUACUCCAUAUGAAAUGUUUAAUUUCAGUUACUGUGAAUUCUUUUGAUCAGUUCUUUGCUGUUUAGAAAACCUUUUCCAUAUGUUAAAAAGAAAAUUAGCUAUCAAGAGGUAUUGAAAGGUCCAGUUCUUAGACGGACAGAGUUAAAACCUUUUGUAAUAUAUUUAAAAUGUAUGUUUUCGAGAGAGAAGCUACAUUACCAAUGAUUUUAUAUAUAAUUUAAAAUUAACUUACACAUUUAUAGAUGCAAACCAAAAGAUUUUAAAACAGAAGGAAAAAAAUCACCUUUUAUUUGUUUCCGUUUUAUUGUCAGAAGUAUCAUUCAGAUCAAUAGUUCUGUGUUGAUGGAAGCUAAUCCCAUGUUAGAGAAUGAAUGUCAUUUAGUAUCUCAGAAAUGUUUCUACAAAAUGAACAGACAAAAAUGGAGAAUGUUAUCUUGCUAGCUUCUUACUACAGCAUUUUCAACUGCUUCAUACUUCACAGUUUUAAUCCAAAGUACAAGUUCUACUUUAUAACACAUCCUGCAAGUUUCUUUGAAACCAUUGUUAUAAUUUCAGUUAAAUCUUCUUUCUGCAAAGUCGUCGUUACUUCUGCAGACUAUAGCCUUAAUUUGCAGAGGCCAUUUUGUUUUGUUUGAUGCUAAUGCCAUUCUUGAAAUGCUCUAAACUCCAAGGCAGAUUGUGUAAUAGCCUAUAGCUUUUCACUAUGUGGUGUUUACCAGUUGUUACUCUGUACUGUAAAAGUCAGAGAUUUCUUCUGUCUGAGCUGUUUGUAUAGCUGUUGUGUUUUCUAAACAACAAGAAAAAUGUCUUUCCCUUGUCUCUAAGAUUGUAAACCCGUUUCCUGUGUGUGUUCUGUAGCGGGCAUGAUUGUGAGCGUGUGUGGGGGUGCGCACGCACGUCAGUCUUUUUGUGCUGUAACUACCUCAUGGUUUGAGUGAUGGUUGUACUGCUGGUUGUAUUAACAGAACACAUUUUGUUGGAUGAAUGGUGUGUGUCUUUAUUCCUGUUUGUUUUAUCUGGGGGUUGUUCAUGAAAUUGACAGAUGUUUUUCUAAAAAGGACUAUUACCAGUUUCCAAAUAUAAUACUUCUCUCUUUUGGUUUUUCCUGAAUGAGCCUGAUUUUGUUGCUGUUUUUCAUCUGUGAGGGGUAAAAAGAGUACCCUUAAAAAUCCCUGUGGCCAGUUUGAGCACCCCUCUUGUAUUCUUUUCUCUGUUCAAUGUGUCAGCAAUUUUAUGAACAUGCUCAGAUGUAUAGUUUUAAUAACCACAGUUUUAAGUCCUUUAUCUGUGCAUAAUAAAAGGAUAUAUAUCAAUGAUUAA